UGACUUGCGUGCUUUUAUUUGUAGAACCAAAAAACAUUGUUACUUUUUUUUAUAUAUAGCGCUUUUAUCCAAAUUGCUUUACAAUAGUUAGCUAACGGUACAAACAACAUUUGGAAAGAUCAUUAAGUGGUCCACGAGACCCUCAUCAAUUUUCAAGUGGUCUGCGAAAAAAUAAGUUUGAGAACCACUGACCUAGACUAUCCCUGACAGAUGUUUGUCUAACUUGCUCUUAACAACCUCCAAUGCGGGGGAUUCCACACUCUUGGAAGCCUAUUCCAGUGCUUAACUAUCCUCAGAAAUCUUUUCCUAAUACAUCUAACCUAAGUCGUCUUUACUCCAUGAAUAUGAAAUUUUCCUUUUUGUUCUUUAGAGUCUAGUAGGUAGCCAGAGUACCCCUUUUAGAAUUGAACAAUAUUGUCCUGUUCUGCUGAUCAGCAGAAAUCUAAAGGUAGCUUAAUAUAGACUCCUACUGUUGGGGGGAAAAAAGAUGGUUCUAAGAUUGUGCUCCUUAACAACCUCUGCCCAUUGUUAGGAUUUCUGACAGUUCAACAGUUUAAAUAAUCUUAUUGGUACUCAGAGCAAGACUACCCAGGUAAUAGAAUCUGAACAAAUCAAAAUGAAAGUGUUCUGAUGACCGGGAAUGUUGGGGCAGAGGCUUUCAAUUUUUGUCUUGUAUGGCAAUGAGCGUACACUUCCAUAUCAUCUGACUGCUAGCAAAUGGACUAACUACAUCCUUUUGGGGAAAUAUCUUGAAAGCAUACAAAGCACCUCCAACCCUGCAUCAGAUUCAGUGCCUACCUGUCCCAUUUUAAUGUCUUCUUUUUGAUGUUUGCUAAAUUGAGUGGCUUUUCAACACUAGAAAGUUCACCAGUUUAAAUUGAUUUAGAAAUCAAUCUGGUUAAACUGGUGUAAACCCCUAAUGUAAAUGCACUGAAACUGGUUUAACCCUUGCUUAAUUGAUUUAGCUUGUAACAUUGAUAAGCCAGGGUUAAACCAGUUUGAGUUCAUCAAUGUUGAUUUCUAAACUGACUUAAAUUUAAACAUGCAAUUUUCAAGUAUAUACAAGCCCUAAAGCAGGUUAAAUGCUAGGCAAUGACAAUCCUGAACUUUCAUUCUCCUGUUGCAUAAUGCCCUAAUUAUCCUUUGACUUCCUAAAGAAAUUCUGACUUAUCCUGAAUACAUUUCAUCAGAUUGAGACACAUGUUAACAAAUUGAUUUUACCAAUCACAAUAUACCAUUUUUAAGUACCUGAAGUAAAAAGAUUAAUUGGUUGUUGGGGAUUAAAUAUUUUUUUCAGUGACUUCAGAUAAAUCAUGUGUAUCUGCAAGGGGACGUUUGGAAAAUUUGUCACAGUUCAAGUCAUAGAAGCUAGCAUUGCAUUAAUUCCAAGUCAGGCAAAACCAAGAGAGCACAAUUAUUGUUAAUAGGCUAGAUAAAGGACUUAUGUCUGCAUCUUAACAAAAAAAUUAAAAGGACACACUAUAUAACAGAGUGAUAGGUAGUUCUGGGUAAAAGCCAUUACAGCUAUGUAUCAUUUGUGCUUAUAUGGUUUACCCUGAAACAUCCCACUAUUUCAGUAUUGGCACUUGAUCAGUUCCAGUAUUUGUUGCAUAUUAGAUAUUAGACCUGUAAAUGGAACGUGCUUUAAAGAUAAUAGUUCAUAAUGCAGUAAACUCAGUAUGAAAUUGUUGCUGAGACAGUGUGAAGAAGUCUCCUGAGCGAAUCAAAAUUAAAAUUGUAGCUAGCGUUCACAUUCCCUUUCAGAACUUUCUUCAUUUGUUGAAGAGUUUUUAAUUUCUGGUUUAUUUACAAUUGUACCCUGCGUAUCUUUCAGCAGCUUCAGGAAUAGUUCUGUAUCUCCUAAUGUAAAUCUAUGUGGCUUCUUACAUUAAGACAUUUCUGCAGAUUCUUCAUUCCAUAGCCAUAAAUCUUCCACUGCUUUGAAGUUGGAAAGGUUUUCUGGUCAAGAUAUUUUUCCUUAUCAGUUUUGUUGACUUGCUUUACUUUAAAUUGGUCAGUACUUCACGGGCCACGCUCCUCUUAAACAUCUCUUUAGAGAGAGGGUGCCUGUGCUACAAGCCAAUUAGUUCACAUGUGGUCUAUUUUUUUAAAAAAAAUUACCUUUCUUGUUAUAACAAUGCCUUUUAUGAAGUCAUAGUGCACUUUAAAUCCCUUUCAAAUUAAUGAACAGCUCUUCCUUUCCCUUAUAAUGUAUGUGAUUUAGGAACCCAGUAUUGUGAAACAGCUGAAGUGAAGGAACUUAUAAGCUUCUAGUUAUUAAGGAUAAACAUUUUUCUGGCUUCAAAGACUUUCUCAAUAGAGAGAUUUUAAAAUUGGGAGUUCUGGAGAUCUCUCGGCUUCUCUUUUUGGUUGAAUGAUAAAGCAUCCAACUUGGUAUUUAUCUUACACUUGCCAGAUUCGUCCUCCCCCUGGAGCUUCAAGACCAGCUGUUCAUCUUUUAGGAUUUGGAGCCUUUUUUCAGUCUCUUUGGAGAUACUGUUGUAAGCAUUUUUUUAUCCUUUCAACUCACAAAAGCAUUUUCUAAGGGAUGCAGCUUUAGGUUUUAUUUUUUUUCUUUUCUUUUCUAUUACUUUUCUUCCUUUUAUCCAUAUUCCAUCCCAUACCUAAUAUCUAUUAGAAUAGUUUGUGAUCUCAGCUUGGCCUUUGUAUUAUGACUCUGGUUUAAUGUUAAAUAUCUUUACUGAACUUCUCAAUGCUAAUCAUAUGCUAUAUUUGUUUGUUACAAGAGGUAAAUAAGAUUUUCUGAAAUCCAAAAUAUGUAAUGAUUAGAGAAUUACACCUGCAUAUGAUUAAGCAUUUUGUAGCUUUUAAAAAUGUAUUCUCUUUAAUCCCUAAAGAUAUCAAGAUAUUUUACAAACUGAUUUAGGCCCUGAUCCUGCAAUGAGUGCAUGGAUAGAGGGACUCAAUACAGGCCCAGACAAACCAGGACCCUGACUUCAAUUGGAUAUUAAUGGGCAGAACCUCACUGACUUUGCAUAGUCUCUGCAUAGGCAAGAGGAUAUGGUAUCCAUUAUUAUAUCUGUAUGUAUUGCCUAUCUUUAACUUUAGACUGCUCCUAUUAAGUAAAAAACAUUCUUUCAUGUGACAUUUAAAAUCUCUAAUAUACUUCUUAGACAAUUAAUAAUAAGGCUGGCCUAUGUAUAAAAAUAGUUAAUCCAACACCUACAUGCCUACCUAACACACAGCUGCUUAAGACAGGGGUAGAAGAAUGCUUUAGUAAUUUGAAGUCACACGGGAGACUUUAAGGUAAGCAGAAUGUAAUUUGGCCAGAACACUAACAUUUGCCCUUAAACCACUUUUCAAAAACUGCAGUGUUUUAAAACAGAUUUCAGCCUGGCCAGGAGCGCUCCUCUACAGCUGCUAGGCUGCACCAUGCAUUGCAGAUUAUGUGCGGAACGACCUACAAAAUGGCAGUGGCACCAUCUUUGGAAAAAGCAGCUUUCCCCCAUUGCUUUAUCAACAAGCUGAUAGGUGAUGGCGGCCCCCCCAAGCCGUUACCCGCCCUUGCAUGUACAAGGCACAAUGUACAGCACUGGGUCCACGCUGGUACGUCAACAAUAAUCCCGUUUCUCGACACUCGGCCUGCGGCAUGUCCUCUCCCGGCCGGGUACGUGGGAGGGUGUUGUUAGUGGGACGUGGCCUGCCCGAACCGGGGGGGUCAUUUUCGCUGCUGUUUCCCUCCUCGGGGCUGGAGCUCAGGCAGCGGGGACAGCCAGGUGCGUUGCUCUGGGCAAUCGCUCUCAUGCAUGGUCCACUUCCCGCGUGCUCCGCUCGCUAGCGCGCUCAGGCUGCCCCCGGCAGCCCUCACCGCACUCGGCGCCCGCGGCCAGCAGAGCCGGGCGAAUCGAUCACUCCGGGCUCGGCUCAUCGUGCCUGUGGCGGAGGGCUGGCUGGAGAGCGGUGAUGGAUGGAGAGUGCCUGGCCCUGAGCGGAGGUGAGUGAGGGAGCGGGGGGCCGCAACGGGGCGCCACCCCGGCUCAGGCUCCGACUCCGGCUCCCCUGGGUCGGUUCCUGCCAGCGUUGUGGUUGUGCCCCUCCCCCCCGCAGCUGCGCUGGGCAGCGGGGUUGGCACAGGGUCUCCGGCCUGCCAACGCCGCACCCAGAGCCCUGCGCGAUGACGUCACGGCACGAGGGCCUUGUGUCACUCGCGGGCAGAACCCGUUCCUGGGGGCGGGGCGGGCUUUCGCAGGGGCUGAUGCGCCCUCGCUGCCUCGUUCCCUGCCCGGGGGUUUAACUGCCCCUUCUACGCUCGCCCCUAGGGGGCACUGGCGAGUCGCCUCCGCGGCCCCUGCCCGGGCUCAGGGGCCAGGAGGGAGCAAAGAUUUUCUGGAAACCCGCCGUGGCCUGGCCCCGGGAAUGGGACGGAGGCGCUGAGGCCUGGAGGGUCUCGCCGCCCUGCUGGUCUAGUCACGCCCGGGGCUCGAGUCUGUCCCGCCCUCUCGCUGUGAGAGCGUGGGUAGCGCUUUGGGCACCGUUUAAUUCCCACCCCCCUCCGUCAGCCCUUUGCCCCCGUUGCUGUGGGCUUUGCGGUACCAGCAAGGGCCGGGGAGCGGGACGGAAAACGGCCCGGGGUAGCCUCGGAAUCUGUUUUAACCCGUUUUUAAAAAAGGGGUUUGGUUUUUAAAUGGAAGGCGCUGCCUUUAGAUGAUGAUUGUACCAAAAAGCGAGCAAGAACCACCAGAAAAGAUCAGUUGCACGUUCUUGCACGAAAGGAAGAGGCGUGCUUGGGGCUGAGAGCAGGCUCAGGGAGGGGGUAGCGUGUAGGACAGUGGAGCCUUGUGGUGGUGCUCACUGCAGGCUGUAUUUGAGACUCUGCCAGAGCAGCCAUGUGUAUAUAUGUAGCUAGGGCUUGCAUGUUGUGUAGAUUUAGGAAACCUUAUUUGGGCCCCACUGUAAUUCCUUCAUAGUAUGUUUGUGUAAGGAGCAAAAGACACAACGGAAGGAAUCAGGAGGCCUGGGUUGAACCCUUUGCCCUUGACUCUAUGUCUGUGUGUUUAUUUCUCAAACACAUUGAUGCAACUUUGCGGCUUUCCAAAAUGGAAAAGUUUGGUGUAGUUGUGCUUGGAAGCCAGGUUGACAAGGUGCACUCCAAGAGCAAAAUAUAGCCGUUGGUGGAGUCCGCAGGGUGCAGCUAUACUCAUCCUCUGACAGUUUUUUAGGAUAUUGGUAGGGCAGAAGAGACAGGCAAAUAACAAGAAGCCAAGAAAACUCCUCUUUUUAAUGAUUUCAGAAUAAGAAAAUAUCACUGAAAUGAAGCAGCCCGUGCAGUGGAUGUGCUUUUUAAUCCCAUGAUGUCGGAAGCCACAUCUCCAGAAAAUAAAAGACCCCGGAGAAGCUUGUCCCUCAGUAAAAACAAGAAAAAGAAUGAAGCAGAAGUUAAAGGAGCACCACCCAUACCUUCAGCUUCUUCCUCUAUCCUUUCAUUUUUUAACAACGCUCCCCCAGCCAAAGUCACCUGCCCUAUGUGUGGGCAGAUGGUGCCAAGGUAUGGGAUCAACAAGCACAUAGAUGAAAUGUGUCAGAAGAACCAUGGGGAUGAUGAAAUGAUUCUGGCUGAUAGAGGACUUGACUGUUUUUUGAAUCAGGGCCCAUCAGGUAUACCUCUGAACACUAGUUCCAGCCCAUACUUUGCAAAGGAAACUUCGACUCCAGAGAAAAAUGAGAGUAUCUUUGAAAGCAACUUGUUGAAAAUGAGAGGAGGUGCAGGACAGCAGACUAGUCCUUACUUUAAGAAGAAUAGUGCUCCUAUGUACGAUGUUCAGAAUGAGCCAAGGGUGCAAAUGAUUAAAAGUAUCUCUUUGGGAAACUUGUCAUCUAAACUGUCCAGAAGGCACCGUAUCCAGAGUAGACAACUAAUAGAAGAAAACAAGAGGAAUUCUUCAUCUCCAGCUGUUCACAGUGUAUGUGACAAUGCUGCAGAAUGGGGUGAUGGAGAGACUUGUGCUGGGGAUGGCUCUCAGAAAGAGAAUCACUUUGUUCUGGUAGGAUUCCAAAAGCAACAUGUCCCAAAAGACAGUUUAACAAAAGAACUUGAAAGUCAGGGAGAAACACGAGAAUGUGAUAAAGAGACUCUUGUGGGUUCUGCUCAUGGAUUUGUAUCCUCAGUUAGCAUUGUUGCCAGGGAUCUAGUGUCUGCUGCAGGGAACACUGAGAAACAUAGUUGUUCUGAAGGCAUGGUGCCUAAUCUUGGCAAACAUACAACACAUCCAGCAAAUUACAAUAAAGUAGAGAGAUCCGAUGGUUCAGAAGCCAAAACUCAGUUCUCUGUUAAGGAUAUUCCUUCUGCAAGGACACAAGUGAUGUGUGAGAGCCAUACAGAAAACUGUCUAGUGACGGAUAAUACAGGAACACUUCCUAUGGAAGUUCAUGAAGACUUAAGGAAUGAGACAGUUUAUCAUACUUUCUCAGAACCUAUGCAAGAGGUGGAUUUUCAGAGUCCUGCCAGUGACAUUUUAGACAAAAUAAGUGAUGCACUUGGUUCUGCUACUGACUCUUUUGGUCACCCAUAUUAUCUCCAGAAUUUCCUGAUGGUCCUGCAAAUGGUCUUGGAGAAUCAUGAUGAUCGGAGACUCUUUGAUGAGCAAGACACCAACACUUUCGCAAAGUUCUACCAAUUGUCAGCUCGUGGACAGAAGUUAUAUGUGAGACUUUUUCAACGCAAGCUGAAUUGGAUAAAAAUUAACAAAAUAGAAUAUGCGGAGAUUAGUGCAGAUUUGUUGCCAAUAAUUGGAGAAUUGGUUGAAGCAGGCUUUCUGCAAACAGAAUCUGAAUUACAAGACCUUUCUGAGGGGCUGGACUUGCUUUCUGCUCCUGAGCUAAAAACAUUAGCAAAGACGUUUCACCUGAAAAACCCAAAUGGUCAGAAACAGCAGCUGGUGGAGGACUUUCUCAGACUGGCAAAACAACGUUCGAUCUUCAGCAAGAAUCAGGCUGGUAUUGGGGCAGUGAUUUUGAAAAGGGCUAAGGACCUUUCUGGGAAGUCUGUCAGAGUCUGUAAAGGCCCCCGAGCAGUAUUUUCUCGAGUUUUACUGCUGUUCUCACUGACUGAUUCAAUGGAGGAUGAGGAAGCAGCUAGUGGUGGCCAAGGCCAGCUUUCCACCGUGCUUAUGGUAAACAUGGGUCGUACGGUGUUUCCCAGUUACACAGUAAAUAGGAAAACAGCAAUCUUCCAGGACAGAGAAGAUCUUAUCAGAUAUGCUACAGCUGCUCAUUUGUCAAAUGAUGUAGCCAUUGCAAUGGCUAAUGGGAACUGGACAGAAGCUAAAUCUCUCUAUAUGUGUGCCAAAGAAACCUGGCAUGAAUUGAAAAAUCAUCCUUCUUUGAGAUGCCAUAGAGACUUACCUGAGUAUCUGCGACGUUUUACGGUUGGGUGGAUGUAUACAAGGAUCCUCUCUCGAGGGGUUGAAAUACUGCAGAGACUUCAUAUGUAUGAGGAGGCCGUGGAAGAGCUGCAGAAUCUUUUGUCUCAGGAAGUGUAUUGUAUAGACAGCAGAGGACGAUGGUGGGAUCGACUGGCUCUGAAUUUACACCAGCACUUGAAACGCACUAAGCAGGCUAUUGAGUGCAUUAGAAAAGGGCUGUCAGAUCCAUUUGUGCGCACAGGCCAUCGACUCUCUCUCUACCAGCGUGCACUGCGUUUGAGAGACUCACCAAGCGGCAAGAAGUUCAAGAGCCUCUUUCAGGAGCUGCCUGUCAUAACUGUGGAAGAUGUUACACAUGUUACAAUCAAAGGAAAAAUGUGUCCCCAGACAGGGGUGGGAAAAUCUGUGUUUCUAGUGGAGGACGAUGAUGAUCAAGAGGAAGGAGACUUCACUCUGUCCACAAUCAUGUGUUCAGUUGAGGAGCUGGCAUUAACGCAUUACAGACAGAAUGGCUUUGAUCAGGGGAUUCAUGGAGAAGGGUCCACGUUUAGUACACUCUAUAGCCUUCUAAUGUGGGACAUUAUUUUCAUGGAUGGCAUACCAGAUGUUUUCAGAAAUUCUUAUCAGGCCUUCCCCCUGGAUUUGUAUACUGACAGCUUCUAUGAGAAGAGGAGGGAUGCCAUUGAAUCUAGACUCCAGCUACUGUACACAGCUUCCUCAGAGACCCUGAAAGAGAUGAUUGCCAAUGUCUGGAAUGCUCAAGAGGGAAAAGCAGCAGCACUAGUUAGUUGGGACCGGUUUACUUCUCUCCAGCAGGCUCAGAGUCUAGUGUCUUGCUUUGGGGGACCUUUUCUAAGUGGCGUAUGUAGGAGGCUCUCCAAAGAUCUGCGCCAUUGCAGAGGGGGUCUUCCUGACCUAGUCGUGUGGAGUACGCAAGAGCACCGCUUCAAGCUGGUGGAAGUUAAGGGUCCCAAUGAUCGCCUGUCCUACAAACAGAUGAUUUGGCUGGGUGAACUGAAGAAGCUGGGAGCUGCUGUAGAAGUUUGUCAUGUGGCUGCAGUUGGAGCUAAAAGUAAACGCCUCAGUUGAAUAAAACUGUCUAGAACAUGUUGGAAGAGGAGGGGUGCUUAUUUUAAAAAAAUAAAUAAAUAGUAUGAAUA